AUGAAAACGCAUAUCUCGACUAUUGCCGUAAAUGACGAAGAUGCAUCAACAGCAGCCACUCUUAACAUCAGCCUCGAUGUGCCAGAGGAGCGCAGCGAUACGAUUACGACCCCUUGCCCUCUGCAACCGGUACAGGUUACCCCACCCCUGCCUAAUAUGCCACCGCCACCAGCUGAACAUGGGCCAAAACAUCAGGACUUAUUAAGAUUUAUUAUGGAAAAUCACCUGGAAACCUCAGACGUGUAA